CAGGUUCGAGUUCGCCCUGGUGGGUCUAGGUAUACGUAGUAUCUUGAGGACGGAUAAGUGGUUCAACAUCCUUCUCCCACUCUCUCUCUCUCUCCCUUGUUCAGUACUUAAAACCUUAGGGGGGUUGGCUGCUGCUGCUGCCUCUAAGCCUUUGCAGUUUACAGUCUUUUACAGACACAGACAGUGACUGCGUCAGGCUUACCGUCAGUAUUCAGACAGGCUGCAGUCAGUGGGGACUAUACUUCUGUGGUCGUGAGAAUAUUAGGAAGACCUUCUAGUGCUGUUUGCGACAUUUUCAAGACCUACGUUACUUGUUAUAUAGUUGUUUUUGUGACUGGAGUUUAUUUCCGGGAGAGGAAGGCGGCUGUUCGCUGUUCGCCUCCGAAGACCUCAACCGGGACUCAUGGAUCGCUCCAGCUCCGGCGAAGUUCCAAGAAGCGCCAGAAGAAGGCUUCAGAAUGGCAAGGCCUCAGAUCUGCGCCUCUUCGUGGGGAGCUUCAUACACGCGACCAAAGAUGACCCGAUGGUCAUGCUGACGAAUACCAUUCUGGGGGUUUCUUCACAGCAUAUCGCGUUUCUGGAGCCCAUGGAGAAGUUGGAGGAGAUCAAGGAAAUGUACAAGGUUCCUGAUUCAAAUGUUACUCUCAUGCCUGACAGCCAGUUUAUGAUUCCCGGGUUCAUCGACACCCACAUCCACGCCCCCCAGUUCCCCAACAACGGGCUGAAACUGAACCUUCCACUUUUGGAUUGGCUGCAGAACUACACUUUCCCGACUGAGGCUAGACUUUCAGACGAGAAUUAUGCGAAGCAGCUCUACCCGAGAGUCGUAGACCGCCUACUUCGUAACGGCACAACAACUGCGUCCUAUUUUGCCUCUCUGCAUUUACCGGCGACCAAAAUAUUGGCUGACACGGUGAGAGAGAAAGGUCAGCGAGGCCUGGUGGGGAAAGUCAGCAUGCUGAUGAACUCUCCAGAUUACUACAGGGAAAACUCCUUGGAAGAGUGCGUCAAGGAAAAUGAAGAAUUCAUACUCUACGUCAGGAGCCUGAAUACUCCGCUGGUACUCCCAAUUGUCACUCCUCGAUUUGCUCCUACUUGUCAUGCAGAACAGCUGAAGGCUCUGGGUCAGCUAGCCAAAAAGUACCAGUGUCACGUUCAGAGCCACUUGAGUGAGACCAGGCCAGAGUUAUCUUGGGUCAAAGAGCUGUUUCCCUGGUCGGAAUCGUAUACAGACGUUUAUCACAAGUGCGAACUGUUAGGCCCUAAGACAAUUAUGGCCCAUGGCGUUUGGCUGGAUGAUGCCGAAGUCAGGACACUGAAGGAGAGCGGCGUAGGAAUCUCUCACUGUCCAAAUUCCAACAUCUCGAUACGAUCUGGACUCUGCAACGUCAGACGGUUGCUGGACAGCGGAAUCAAAGUGGGACUUGGGACGGAUUGUUCAGGCGGUUACAGCUCCUCAAUACUAGACAGUAUUCGUCAGGCGGUUCAGACUUCCAAUACCUUGACGAUUUUCGAUAGCAAGCAUCAACACCUUCCUCUGUCUGAGAUCUUUCGGCUGGCUACGCUAGGAGGAGCUCAGGUGGUGGCCAUGGAUGACAAGAUUGGCAACUUUGAAGUAGGCAAGGAAUUUGACGCUCUGCUCAUCGACCUGAGGGUUGCAGAUUCACCAGUUGACUGCGAAGACCAGGAUUCACUCGAGGACAGGAUCCAGAGAUUUCUACUCAACGGCGACGAUCGUAACAUAAUCGAGGUCUAUGUGGCAGGUGUGAAGGUCCACGACCGUAGGCCUAUGUGAGGAUUGAGGACUGUGGUGCGGUUGUAAAAGCCACUGAGCUGAGAGAGGUGGCCAAUGGUGCUAUGCUGUACACGGAAACAGGAUAUUAUCGCGUAGUCGUAUUUCUUGUAUGGAACAUCCUUAUAAUUUUGGAAUAAAUACGUCGGUUUGU